AUAAAUUAAUAACAUUUUUUUAUACUUAAUACUAUUAUAAAUGCUGGAGGAGAAGCAGAGUUUGGAACUCCGGGAUGGAAGUUGGCAGCUCAUGACUCCCCAUGUAAUAAGCUCAUGACCCGCAGUUUGAUGACCCCUGACCUAGAUAAUCACAAGGAUCCCUUCUAGCCUUGGAAUUAGGACACUCUGCUUGACCAUGCAACCUCACCACCAUUCCACAUCCCUCCAAAUUCCAGCGGUUAAAGCAAGAUGGGUCCUCCUGUCCCCAGUAGGGUAGUAGGCCAUGUCUGCCUCUGGGGAGAGAGAGGCUGCAGGGUUGGGUCCUGUCCCCAAGGAGUGGGGAACUGGGGGGCAAGGGUGGUUGCAGAGCAAGGCGGCCUGCACUCACCCCUCUGUGGUGGCUCCUGCCCCAUUGGCCCAGCUGGACCUGCGUGCGUUGCAAGCUGGUCCUGGGGCACGGUGUUGCUCAGGUUUGGCCCAGCAUCCCCGACUGGGGGUGGGAGAGGGGGCAGGACACAACGGGGCCAAAUUUGAGCAAGUGACGCUGCAACCCUCUGUGUUGGGGAAGAUGGGGAGGCGUGGGGCAGGGUCUUGGCUAUUGGAGGGGGGGGUCAGAGCGGGACAGCCCUGCGAAACCAGGCCCACGCCACGCCAUCCUGCAGGCCCCACGCGGCGUGGGCGCCCCUGGUGUCCGCAGCCCCGCCCGCACUCACAGCAGCACGGGCCGAGGGAACUUGCCCCGGAACCCCCGCAGCGCAGUCGCUGUUUCCCGGCCAGGCGGCGGACACCUAAGGGGAGUGCACGCAUGCGAACCAAGAUGGCGGCGGCCGUGCUGCGGGGCCUUUGCCGGGCGAGGCCGGCGCUGCUCCCCGCGCGGACCCCCCAAGGCAUCCUACACCGAGCCGCCGCCGGCGCCGCCCCCAGCUCCGAGUUCCGGAGCGAAUACGCCCUGGACAGGCUCUAUCCGGAGCAGAACAGAAGCGACGCGGCGGAGGGCACCCAAGAUGGGACAAGACAGACCUCUCCUGAUAUUCCUAUGGUUGUAGAUCUGGCUGUGGGAUUAAGUACUUCUGUGUUCAUCUUCUUAGAUUGUCUGUCCAUUUCCUAUUGCCGGAGCAGUGGACCCGGAGGCCAGAAUGUUAAUAAAGCACAAGAAUAAAAUAAAUAAAUCUGGCGAGCUGAUCAUAAACUCUGAAGUGAGUCGCUACCAAAUGAAGAAUCUGGCAGACUGCU